UUUUUUGUACUGUACUUUCUGUAUUUCUCCGUAAACUCAAAACACGUGCUUGGAAGAGGUCAAAGAGAAAUGCAGCAGGUGGAUGAAGAAAGGGUCUUGUUAUUGAAAGCUGUUAGUCUUUGCAAAAGCCUUCAAGAUGAAGUGACAGUACUUAUGAAAGACGUGAAAGAAUUUAUUAAUGAAGAAGAUCAAGCUCCUCUCUUUGUAGAACCUCAUCUAUUUAAACAGUAUACAAUAGUAAGGCAGUGUGAUUUAGAAUCCAUUAAAAGUGAAGUCAUGAAGAUGAAAGAUUUCAUACCAAACAUACUCACUCCAUCUUUAUCAAUACUACCUCAGCUCACUCAAACAGAAAAAGAAUUAGUUUCAUUGAGACAGCAAGCAGACACACUAGCAGUUGAGAAGAAUAAUGUAGAACAGAAAGCUGAAGGUUAUCUUGUUGACUAUGAGCAAGAGAAACAAGAAAACUUUGAACUUAAGUGUUCUUUGAAUGAAGUGAAGGAUCAGUUACAGCAGCAAGUCAAUUAUUGCUCUUCAUUGGGUUGUGUCUGUGGUACAAUGCUAUGGAGGACAUCUCAGAAUGAAGACUGUAUACAGAAUUUACUCUCUGGAUCUAGAGUUAAUGAUUUUCUACAAUUGGUAUCAGCCACACUGCACAGCUAUCUAUCAACUUAUAAUAGUGACUUACCUAGCGAGUCCAGUCAAGAAUCUCAGUUUGUCAUCUCCCUUUGUGGUACUGUUACCAAUAUUGCAGCAUCUGCUUAUGGAAGAGAAUAUUUGUCAUCUUGUCCUGAAGGACAGGAACUGUUGAAAAACAUGUGCUCAGUACUGGCUACAGCUCCCCUCUCUCAAGGAUGUGCUAAAAUUAAGAGUCUCAUUCUUAUGCUCCUCUAUAACAUUAGUAUUAAUCAAAAAGGACUAACAUUAUUAAGAUCUGAACCUGAUCUACUGAGAAUAUUAAUGUGGCUAGCUAAAGAGGAUGUUUGCAGUACAGUGUCAUUGUAUUGUCUCCAGUUGGUACAGUCACUUAUCCUUGAGCCAUUGACUCCAGCACUAAUGCAACAAGUAAUGGAAUCAGUUACUCCUGAGCUCCUACAAGAAUUUGCUUCUUCUAAAAGUGAAGAGUUUAAGCAAGUGGCUUGUGAAUUGAUGGUGGAUAUUCAAAGGCUCCAAUGACAAUACAUUCUGCAUUAUUGUAUAAGUUGAUAACUAUUUCUACUAAUAUUGAUAAUAAGUCACCAAAAGUCAUGUACAUUAUCUGUUACAACUGAUGAAUA